UCACAGCAGCAGCAGCAACAGCCGAAAAGGUGCGUGCCGUGCCGUGCAGACCGUGCUCGCGACUCGGUGACACUUGCGACAAACUUUCUCCCACGCGGACAAGUGUUACGGGACUAUCGUCGCGCGCUCCGGCCCAGCUUCCAGCCGGUUCGCCCUAACGUAAUCGGCCGUCCCGGCCAAACUUUUUCAGUUUUCACUUAUCCAGGUGGCGAGGCUUCCCCGUAGUAUCCUCUUUUAUUCGCACAACGGACACAUAAUACAUUCUCGCGCGAUAAACUGCGAUAAACUCGGAUCCUGUCGUCUCUAUGACGGAUCUCAUCGUGUUAUCCUAUGGGAAGUGACCACAUGGCGAUGCUUCGUGCCACGAACAGUUUCGUAGGUGCCGUCUGGUGAGUGUGCGUGAUCUACGGUCGACCGGACAACGUGCAUCUCGACGUUAACCUAUCCUUUCUCUCCUCUUGCCUGCCCUUUCUCUCUUUAUUUGCUCACGCGAUAAUCGAACAUCGAGGACGCGAACCUAGUGCUAGUGGCCAUGCGUCUUUUUCCGCUGUUCAACCACAACAGCAAGGUUUGACACGCUCGCUCGUUUGCGUAUGCGGCAAGCUCCAGCCAUGAAAACCGAAAAGAAGCCCAACGAGCCCAGCUGUUGUCCUCCUACCACCGUUGUCAAGGAUGAGCCUGACGCCGACCCUGUUAAAAUCAAGGAAGAAGGCACAGGUGGAACGGACGAUGCGACUGGAGAGGAUACUUCCGAGUGUCCAAGAGACCCUUGCUUGGAUCCAUCUAAUGGUGAAGGUACAAUGUCUGGGGAGAAUCAGAAUGCUAACGGGAAUCAGCCCAUCCUGAAUUCGGUCAAGCAAGAGGGCGACCCUAACAAUCCCACUGACAAUUUACCUGAUUAUAGUGGAAAUGUUAUUACAGCGGACAGCAUUCAACCACUUGUUAGUAAUGUCGUGGGAAAACAGAUGGGAACUAGUACGAGCAGCGGGGAGACUCAAUAUAUGCAACAGUCGAGUCAAGUUUUUGUAUUUUCUACGGCAUUAGCGAAUAAAGCUGCAGAGACGGUAUUAAGAGGCGAAUAUGAUUCAAUCAUCGCUUAUCAUUGUGCACAACCAGGCACUAAAAAAUAUUUGGAGAAACAUCCAAAUAAAGUAAAUCAAUUUCGACAAAAUCCUGCUCAAUGGUUAAAUAAUCUUGCUAUGAUGAAACAGAAAGGCCAUCAGGGAAAUGCGAAUAAUACUUUCCCGACUGAACAACCCCCGGAUUUACCAGCACUAGAUCCAAAUGCUCCACAAUUUUGGAACGAACAACCUAACUUGCGAAACAUAAAUGGUGGAAACUCUCUCGGUAAUUCUGAACCAUCAUUGGAUGAUGGAAACAUAGACGUGCCUUGUCUUGUGCCGAAUUCACCUGGUAAUUCAGCCAAUCCUCAACCCGCUAAUAACGCUACCAUGGGCCACAGUCCGAAUUUAUUAGGUGGCACAACGAGUCCAGGUCCAGGAGGUUUACAACCAUCUCUCCAAGGUGUCAAAGUUCCAGAUGAAAAUUUGACGCCGAAACAAAGGCAGCACAGAGAAGUUCAACUGGCGACCUUACGGAAAAUGCAAAUGAUAUUAUUUCCCGGUCACAAGGAGGAUCAAGCUGGCAAUGCUUUAACAGAUGCGGCUCAAGGAACGACGUGUCCUCCCACGAAUGUUCCUCCUGUAGGUGUUCCAAAUCAAUGUUCUCCAUCUAUGGAUUGGCAUAAAUUGCAGCAUCAAUUUCUUGAUGGAAAAAAUAAGGCAACUGUAGGUAAUCCUGGUGCAGUACCAUUGCGCGGUACCAAUAUGGUCGGAGUACCGCGAAGUCAAGGCCCGCCACCACCGUAUCAUCAAACAACUCGAUCCGCCAGUGUUCCAAUUGCAAUUCAAAGUCCGAAUCCAUCGUCACCCAACAAUCCGACCAGCAACCUGUCGUUACCAUCACCGCGCGCAAGUUCCGCUCUGAAUUCACCUGCGGACUGCAACAGACAGUUCCAACUUGGUAAUCAGAGGACCAGCCACCUGCCAGGACAAAGCCCGACAAGCCAGGACUCCCCAAACCCGACGGUUGCCACGGCAGCCACAGCAGCUGUUUCAACGACGCGAUUGAAUCACAGCAAUCCAGGAACACCAGUGUCUCAUUCCCAUAUUGCUGCUCUUAGUCCUAGUGGUACUACUGCUCAAAAGGAUACUUCCCUCGAUUUUCCUACCAAUCAACAACCAAACGUGGACGGUAUGUUUUGCCGAACACUACAAUCUUUAGCUCAACAAAAGCAGCAACAUGCUGGAAACGUUAAUGCAUCGGCCGUGAAAGAAGCAAAUCUAAUGCCAGUACCGAGUCCUCAUCAACUUCAAUACCUUAGCACGUUCGAAGGGCAGGAACUGACCAUUCAGAAACAACCUAACACGAGUCUAAAAGAUGGCAAUUCAUCUACGAAUACCGGCAGUUCUUCAGAGAUGCCCAACAGAAUCUUGCCAGGAAGUCUAGAUAGUAACAGUCAAUUUCCUACUAGAUCAGAGGGCGCGAGUCCUGUACAAAUGGAUAGCAUGAGCCGAGGCUUCACGGGUUCUCUGCAUAGUCCUCACACACCGCACACACCGCACACGCCGGGUAGCGCCGCGCCACAUACUCCAGCGGAUCCUGGGAAACCGUGCAACAAAUCCAGUGCAAGCGCACAAAGUAGUCCGACGCCGCACAACACCAGCAUGCCCGACAGUAUGGGUCCACCGCGAACAGUACCGGCAUCGCCUACCAUGAAACCCGAUACAUCUCCACCGUCCGUAAAAGAUGUUCAGCAGCAGCAACAGCAAACGCAAUCGCAACAGCAAUCGCAGCAACAACAGCAGCAGCCUCCACAACAACAGCCUACGGUAGUAAAUCCGAACAAUUCUGGGAAUACGACGGUAGUGCCAUCGUUGAGUGGCGGUCCCGCCGGUGCUUCUUUCCCCUGUGGCAGGCCGUCCAUAAACGUGAGUCAACCAUCUGACAACGUGCCUCUCAAUCCUAACAACAUUGGCGGUCGACUUGGUUUGAACACCAUGGGUACGAAUUUUGAUCCGAUAACGUCCUUGGCGCAAAUGAGCCAACAGCUCACGAAUACAGCGGCUAGCAAUUCGCUGGGCAACGAGCCCAUGCAUUCCGGUAACGCUGUUGGCAUGAUGCCGUUUGGCAAUCCACAUGCCGGCAUGCACAUGAUGCAGAUGGGUGGUGAAAUGAAUGGAAGCUGUCAUAUGGGUGCAGCCAGUGGUGAACCUGGCAAUGAGGUCGGUGGCAUGUGCAUGGGUCUUGCGGGUCCUCCAACAAGUUAUAGCCCUACUACUUCGCAUACGGGCAGCCCCGGGGUUCCCAGCAAGAUGGGGCAUCCUGCUAUAAUGAGUGCUCAUGGGAUGAUGGGAGGCCACUCUGGUGUCGGAGCAGCCGGCGCUGCUUAUCCUGGCGGUGACCCAGGACACGCGCCACCGCCAAGAUUAAUAACCGGCCACGGAGUCGCAGGGCCCAGUCCUUACAACGGCGCAAAUGUUCAAGUAAAGCCGAAUGCACCCAAUACCAUACAAUACUUGCCGGCCAGGCCAAACGUUGGUCAUGCACCUCGGGGUCCACCCAGUUUGGAUUUCCUUCCGCGAUUUACCAAUCCACUGUCCAAUCUAGAGUCAAAAAUGGGAGGGACGCCCUCUGUAAACCUUCAGUACUUCCCGAACGGUUGUAUACCGAACAACAUGGGGGGUCCGCAUGGCGGUAUGCCGUCCAAUAUGAAUGCCGCCGGGAUUCCUGGUAUGGGUGCCUCACCCAGAAUGGAUGGACAGUCCAUGAACACCUCCGGCACCAUGCAUCCGUCAAUGAGACCGGUCGGCAACAUGCGACCGCAACCCAACUUGAUGCGGAUGCAACAUAUGGUAGGUGGCGGCGUCUUCCCAGGCGGCUCUAUGGAUUCCGACAAAGUCUUCCCGCCCGAUAUGGUAUCGCAAAAUCUAUCGAAUCAACCGAAUCCAGGCAUGUACGGCGUAUCCGGCAAUAAGGCCAGUCCGAUGGGAUUGGGGCCACCGCCCGAUGCUACUCAGCCUCUACCGCCGAGCAUGGGCGGCGCAACCAGCAAUUUCAAAACUGGUCCAUUCGUCGGAAGCGGACCCAGCAUGUCUGACCCAAAUUAUGCUCAACAGUUUCACAACUUCCAACAACAGCUUUAUGCCACUGGUACUAGAGGCAGCGGGCCGCCGCAUCCUAAUUUGCAUCCACCGCCGAACUCGCACUCGCAUCAACAAUUUUUCAUGCCGAAGUGAACGCUGCCCGGUAUUGAUCCAUAUCGUAAUGAUAACGAUGACGAGAACGAGAAUGACGGGAACAAGGACGAUUUUUAUGGUGGCCUUUCAUCCCUCUUUUUCUCUCUUUCUCAAUAUCUCUUUUGCUCUCUUUCUAUCUAUCCAUCUAUCUUUAUCUCUUUCGUCUAUCAGGGAUGUUUCUAUUAAUCACGCAAGAUAUAGUUCUGGAAGUGUAAACUGUGCUAGCGAUGUUACGAAGGACAGAAAGGAAUAUGAAUAUCGAUGAGCAUCGCUGAACAUCUUCAAAGAUAAUCCUUACGACUGAUGUGCGACGAAAAUUUUAGUUGAUUUUUUAUUUGUGUAUAACGUUUACGUAUGUAUUAAGCGAGAUUUUUUAUUUUUUUUUCUUUUUAAUUUCUGGACCACGGCAUAUGUCGUGUUUCCAAAUCUGUUGUCUCUUGGAAGUGUCGUUUCGAACCGAAAUCUUCCGGAACUAUUUGUAAAUCGUAAAUGUUAACGAAGACGGAUGAAUAUUAUCCUUCGCGUUCGUGUAAAUACUGAUGUACAAUCUGGUUUUUUCUUUUUUUUGUAAGAGUCGUUACUUCAGAUCGAGAAUCAUAUUGCUAGAUUAAGAAAUACGUUAUUACCGCUCGAGUGUAAAAAAAUAAGAGAGGAAGAAAAUAAGUGAAAUCUCUCCUUUUUUUGCUCUUUGUUCAUACUGGUUACUCGAGAUAAAGUAAUCAUAUACAAAAGUGCAUGGUACGAUGAGCAAGAGGAUUUUGGUACGCCAGUGCCGUAAUUCAUCCUUCCUUUAUCACUAAAAUACUUAAACACAGUCAAACAAGCUCAAAUUUAUUAUUGUACAUAUAUACCAUAUACAUAUUAUACAUAUUAUAUAUAUUAUAUAUAUAUAUAUAUACCUGUUGCAACAUAAUCCUUCAAUAUCCCCAAUACUCCUUCAUCGAUCCUCCCCCUCCCCCCCUACGACCAACUCUGUGCAUAAUCAUGACUUCUUCCCCUCCCCUCCCCUACCCGUAGUUUACAAUAUAAGGAAAGAAUUAAUUGAACUAAGAACAAUUAUGUUGUUGAUGAAUGAUUUUUAUUAUAAAUGAAAAAUAAAGAUAUUUACAAGAAGUCAGUACGAUAUUUGAUCGUUUUGCGAUU